CUCUCUCUUUUACCAUUCCAUUUUUCUCUCUCACCAAAAAAAAAAACACCAUGACCAAGGAUGUAGAAGCAGUUUCAGUGCAGCAACAACCUGAAUUUUUAGAUAUAGACUACCAUGACCCUCCACCAGCUCUAUUAAUUGAUAUGGAGGAGCUGAAAAAAUGGCCAUUCUACAGAGCUAUCAUAGCCGAGUUUGUUGCUACCUUACUCUUCCUUUAUGUUACUAUCCUCACUGUCAUUGGCCACUCAAGAAAUUCUGACCUUGGAGCCGGCGGCAAAUCCUGUGGUGGUGUUGGAAUUCUCGGUAUCGCUUGGACCUUCGGUGGCAUGAUCUUUAUCCUUGUCUACUGCACUGCCCCAAUCUCUGGAGGGCACAUAAAUCCAGCAGUGACCUUUGGGCUAUUUUUGGCAAGAAAAGUGUCACUAAUUAGGGCACUUGCCUACAUGGUAGCUCAAUGUCUUGGUGCUAUAUGUGGUGUUGGGUUCGUAAAAGCCUUCCAAAGUGCAUACUAUGAUAGGUAUGGUGGUGGUGCUAACCAGAUGGCUCAUGGUUACAACAAGGGUACUGGUCUUGGUGCUGAAAUUAUUGGUACCUUUGUUCUUGUAUACACGGUCUUUGCCGCUACUGACCCCAAGAGGCGCAAUGUAUUGGCACCCCUCCCUAUUGGUUUCGCAGUAUUUAUGGUUCACUUGGCUACCAUCCCAAUCACUGGAACUGGCAUAAACCCUGCUAGGAGUUUCGGAGCUGCCGUAAUUUACAACCAUGAGAAAUCCUGGAAUGAGCACUGGAUAUUCUGGGUGGGACCAUUCGUUGGUGCAACUAUUGCAGCAUUUUACCACCAAUACAUUCUUAGAGCUGGUGCAUCAAUGCUCUAAAAUCCUUCAGGAGCUCUGCUUAAUAAACUGAACAAUUUGUGCUUAUUUCUCUCUCUCAGUUAUUCUUUUUCCCUUGUGUACUUUCUCUCUGUUUGUACUCUGAUAUUCAUUCUUACCAAUUGCCUCUUACCUAUGCAUUGCAUUCGGGUAAUGUAUUUUUUUCUGUUGAAGCUGUUAUGCAUUACGUUUUUGCUGUAUUCUUAUUCAUGUUCUAUGGUUUCGAUGUGAUCAGAGCUAGACACAAUCACACAACCUGUAAUACGAUGAUAUAUAUUAUUUGGCUAGCUGUCUUGUGGAUU